ACACCGGAGGGCGUGCGCGCGCGGCCACCACUCUGAGCUACUAGAGGCGGCUAAGAGGACUGAGAGAGGGAGGGGCAAGAGCCACCGACCUCAACCCGAGAAGAAGGGGUAGUGCUUCUUGCCUGCGCGAAGAGAAAGGGGCGGGGCCGGCGAUCAGCGCUAGGAGGUGCCGAGCUCCUGGGACCGGCCGGCGUGCGGGGGUCUGUGGCCCUCGCCGUCCCAGUGGCCGCUGCCGUCACUUGGUCGCCGUCGGUCUGCGGGAGGCGGGUUAUGGCGGCGGCGGCAGCGGGAGCUGUGAAUGAAUUCUCCAGGUGGACGAGGGAAGAAGAAAGGCUCCGGCGGCCCCAGCAGCCCGGUGCCUUCCAGGCCUCCGCCCCCCUUCCUGGCCCCCGCCCGUACCGCCCGUCCCGCCCCCAAGCCGGCCCCUCCGCCGGAGUCGCCGCAUAAGCGGAACCUGUACUACUUCUCCUAUCCGCUGUUCGUAGGCUUCGCGCUGCUACGUUUAGUCGCCUUCCACCUGGGGCUCCUCUUCGUGUGGCUCUGCCAGCGCUUCUCCCGCGCCCUCAUGGCCGCCAAGAGGAGCUCCCCGGCCGCGCCGGCCUCGGCCUCUCCUUCACCCCCGGCUCCGGUGCCGGGUGGGGAAGCCGAGCGAGUCCGAGCCUUCCACAAGCAGGCCUUCGAGUUCAUCUCCAUUGCCCUGCGCAUCGACGAGGACGAGAAAGCAGGACAAAAGGAGCAAGCUGUGGAAUGGUACAAGAAAGGUAUUGAAGAACUAGAAAAAGGAAUAGCUGUCAUAGUUACAGGACAAGGUGAACAGUGUGAAAGAGCUAGGCGCCUUCAAGCUAAAAUGAUGACUAAUUUGGUUAUGGCCAAGGACCGUUUACAACUUCUAGAGAAGCUGCAACCAGUUUUGCAAUUUUCCAAGUCACAAACAGACGUCUAUAAUGACAGUACUAACUUGACAUGCCGCAACGGACAUCUCCAGUCAGAAAGUGGAGCAGUUCCAAAAAGAAAAGAUCCCUUAACACACACUAGUAACUCACUGCCUCGUUCAAAAACAGUUAUGAAAGCUGGACCCACAGGUCUUUCAGGCCACCACAGGGCACCUAGUUGCAGUGGCUUAUCCAUGGUUUCUGGAGUGAGACAAGGACCUGGUCCUGCAACUGCCACUCAUAAGAAUACACCAAAAACAAAUCGAACAAAUAAACCUUCCACCCCUACAACUGCUGCUCGUAAAAAGAAAGACUUGAAGAAUUUUAGAAACGUGGACAGCAACCUUGCGAACCUUAUAAUGAAUGAAAUUGUGGACAAUGGAACAGCUGUUAAAUUUGAUGAUAUAGCUGGUCAAGAGUUGGCAAAACAAGCAUUGCAAGAAAUUGUCAUCCUUCCUUCUCUGAGGCCUGAGUUGUUCACAGGACUAAGAGCUCCUGCCAGAGGAUUGUUACUCUUUGGUCCACCUGGAAAUGGGAAAACAAUGCUUGCUAAAGCAGUAGCUGCAGAAUCUAAUGCAACCUUCUUUAAUAUAAGUGCUGCAAGUUUAACUUCAAAAUACGUGGGAGAAGGAGAGAAGUUGGUGAGAGCUCUUUUUGCUGUGGCGCGAGAACUUCAACCUUCUAUAAUUUUUAUAGAUGAAGUUGAUAGCCUUUUGUGUGAAAGAAGAGAAGGAGAACACGAUGCUAGCAGACGUCUAAAAACUGAAUUUCUAAUAGAAUUUGAUGGUGUUCAAUCUGCUGGAGAUGACAGAGUACUUGUAAUGGGUGCAACCAAUAGGCCACAAGAGCUUGAUGAGGCUGUUCUCAGGCGUUUCACCAAACGGGUAUAUGUGUCUUUGCCAAAUGAGGAGACACGAAUACUUUUACUUAAAAAUCUAUUAUGUAAACAGGGAAGCCCAUUGACCCAAAAAGAACUAGCACAACUUGCUAGAAUGACUGAUGGAUACUCAGGAAGUGAUCUAACAGCUUUGGCAAAAGAUGCAGCUCUGGGUCCUAUUCGAGAACUGAAACCAGAACAAGUGAAGAAUAUGUCUGCCAGUGAGAUGAGAAAUAUUCGAUUAUCUGACUUCACUGAAUCCUUGAAAAAGAUAAAACGCAGCGUGAGCCCUCAAACCUUAGAAGCAUACAUACGUUGGAACAAGGACUUUGGAGAUACCACUGUUUAAGCAAAUACCUUUAUAAGCCUGCAGAACAUUUUAC